GCCGAAUGGGAAAUGGAAGAGAAGCGAGAGAGCAAGAGGAAGAGAAGCAAGAGAGCAGGGAGGAAGAGAAGCGAGAGAGCAGGGAGGAAGAGAAGCGAGAGAGCAGGGAGGAAGAGAAGCGAGAGAGCAGGGAGGAAGAGAAGCGAGAGAGCAGGGAGGAAGAGAAGCGAGAGAGCAGGGAGGAAGAGAAGCGAGGGAGCAGGGAGGAAGAGAAGCGAGAGAGCAGGGAGGAAGAGAAGCGAGAGAGCAGGGAGGAAGAGAAGCGAGAGAGCAGGAAGGAAGAGAAGCGAGAGAGCAGGGAGGAAGAGAAGCGAGAGAGCAGGGAGGAAGAAAAGCGAGAGAGCAGGGAGGAAGAGAAGCGAGAGAGCAGGGAGGAAGAGAAGCGAGAGAGCAGGGAGGAAGAGAAGCGAGAGAGCAGGGAGGAAGAGAAGCGAGAGAGCAGGUAGGAAGAGACGCGAGAGAGCAGGGAGGAAGAGAUGCGAGAGAGCAGGGAGGAAGAGAAGCGAGAGAGCAGGGAGGAAGAGACGCGAGAGAGCAGGGAGGAAGAGAAGCGAGAGAGCAGGGAGGAAGAGAAGCGAGAGAGCAGGGAGGAAGAGAAGCGAGAGAGCAGGGAGGAAGAGAAGCGAGAGAGCAGGGAGGAAGAGAAGCGAGAGAGCAGGGAGGAGGAGAAGCGAGAGAGCAGGGAGGAAGAGAAGCAAGAGAGCAGGGAGGAAGAGAAGCGAGAGAGCAGGGAGGAAGAGAAGCGAGAGAGCAGGGAGGAAGAGAAGCGAGAGAGCAGGGAGGAAGAGAAGCGAGAGAGCAGGGAGGAAGAGAAGCGAGAGAGCAGGGAGGAAGAGAAGCGAGAGAGCACAGAGGAAGAGAAGCGAGAGAGCAGGGAGGAAGAGAAGCGAGAGAGCAGGGAGGAAGAGAAGCGAGAGAGCAGGGAGGAAGAGAAGCGAGAGAGCAGGGAGGAAGAGAAGCGAGAGAGCAGGGAGGAAGAGAAGCGAGAGAGCAGGGAGGAAGAGAAGCGAGAGAGCAGGGAGGAAGAGAAGCGAGAGAGCAGGGAGGAAGAGAAGCGAGAGAGCAGGGAGGAAGAGAAGCGAGAGAGCAGGGAGGAAGAGAAGCGAGAGAGCAGGGAGGAAGAGAAGCGAGAGAGCAGGGAGGAAGAGAAGCGAGAGAGCAGGGAGGAAGAGAAGCGAGAGAGCAGGGAGGAAGAGAAGCGAGAGAGCAGGGAGGAAGAGAAGCGAGAGAGCAGGGAGGAAGAGAAGCGAGAGAGCAGGGAGGAAGAGAAGCGAGAGAGCAGGGAGGAAGAGAAGCGAGAGAGCAGGGAGGAAGAGAAGCGAGAGAGCAGGGAGGAAGAGAAGGAGAGAGCGAGAGAAGCGAGAGAGCAGGAGGAAGAGAAGCGAGAGAGCAGGGAGGAAGAGAAGCGAGAGAGCAGGGAGGAAGAGAAGCGAGAGAGCAGGGAGGAAGAGAAGCGAGAGAGCAGGGAGGAAGAGAAGCGAGAGAGCAGGGAGGAAGAGAAGCGAGAGAGCAGGAGGAAGAAGCGAGAGAGCAGGAGGAAGAGAAGCGAGAGGGGAGGAAGAGAAGCGAGAGAGCAGGGAGGAAGAGAAGCGAGAGAGCAGGGAGGAAGAGAAGCGAGAGAGCAGGGAGGAAGAGAAGCGAGAGAGCAGGGAGGAAGAGAAGCGAGAGAGCAGGGAGGAAGAGAAGCGAGAGAGCAGGGAGGAAGAGAAGCGAGAGAGCAGGGAGGAAGAGAAGCGAGAGAGCAGGGAGGAAGAGAAGCGAGAGAGCAGGGAGGAAGAGAAGCGAGAGAGCAGGGAGGAAGAGAAGCGAGAGAGCAGGGAGGAAGAGAAGCGAGAGAGCAGGGAGGAAGAGAAGCGAGAGAGCAGGGAGGAAGAGAAGCGAGAGAGCAGGAGGAAGAGAGCGAGAGAGCAGGGAGGAAGAGAAGCGAGAGAGCAGGGAGGAAGAGAGCGAGAGAGCAGGGAGGAAGAGAAGCGAGAGAGCAGGGAGGAAGAGAAGCGAGAGAGCAGGGAGGAAGAGAAGCGAGAGAGCAGGGAGGAAGAGAAGCGAGAGAGCAGGGAGGAAGAGAAGCGAGAGAGCAGGGAGGAAGAGAAGCGAGAGAGCAGGGAGGAAGAGAAGCGAGAGAGCAGGGAGGAAGAGAAGCGAGAGAGCAGGAGGAAGAGAAGCGAGAGAGCAGGGAGGAAGAGAAGCGAGAGAGCAGGGAGGAAGAGAGCGAGAGAGCAGGGAGGAAGAGAAGCGAGAGAGCAGGGAGGAAGAGAAGCGAGAGAGCAGGGAGGAAGAGAAGCGAGAGAGCAGGGAGGAAGAGAAGCGAGAGAGCAGGGAGGAAGAGAAGCGAGAGAGCAGGGAGGAAGAGAAGCGAGAGAGCAGGGAGGAAGAGAAGCGAGAGAGCAGGGAGGAAGAGAAGCGAGAGAGCAGGGAGGAAGAGAAGCGAGAGAGCAGGGAGGAAGAGAAGCGAGAGAGCAGGGAGGAAGAGAAGCGAGAGAGCAGGGAGGAAGAGAAGCGAGAGAGCAGGGAGGAAGAGAAGCGAGAGAGCAGGGAGGAAGAGAAGCGAGAGAGCAGGGAGGAAGAGAAGCGAGAGAGCAGGGAGGAAGAAGAAGCGAGAGAGCAGGGAGGAAGAGAAGCGAGAGAGCAGGGAGGAAGAGAAGCGAGAGAGCAGGGAGGAAGAGAAGCGAGAGAGCAGGGAGGAAGAGAAGCGAGAGAGCAGGGAGGAAGAGAAGAAGAGAGCAGGGAGGAAGAGAAGCGAGAGAGCAGGGAGGAAGAGAAGCGAGAGAGCAGGGAGGAAGAGAAGCGAGAGAGCAGGGAGGAAGAGAAGAGGAGAGCAGGGAGGAAGAGAAGCGAGAGAGCAGGGAGGAAGAGAAGCGAGAGAGCAGGGAGGAAGAGAAGCGAGAGAGCAGGGAGGAAGAGAAGCGAGAGAGCAGGGAGGAAGAGAAGCGAGAGAGCAGGGAGGAAGAGAAGCGAGAGAGCAGGGAGGAAGAGAAGCGAGAGAGCAGGGAGGAAGAGAAGCGAGAGAGCAGAGCAGGGAGGAAGAGAAGCGAGAGAGCAGGGAGGAAGAGACGCGAGAGAGCAGGGAGGAAGAGAAGCGAGAGAGCAGGGAGGAAGAGAAGCGAGAGAGCAGGGAGGAAGAGAAGCGAGAGAGCAGGGAGGAAGAGAAGCGAGAGAGCAGGGAGGAAGAGAAGCGAGAGAGCAGGGAGGAAGAGAAGCGAGAGAGCAGGGAGGAAGAGAAGCGAGAGAGCAGGGAGGAAGAGAAGCGAGAGAGCAGGGAGGAAGAGAAGCGAGGGAGCAGGGAGGAAGAGAAGCGAGAGAGCAGGGAGGAAGAGAAGCGAGAGAGCAGGUAGGAAGAGACGCGAGAGAGCAGGGAGGAAGAGAUGCGAGAGAGCAGGAGGAAGAGAAGCAGAGAGCAGGGAGGAAGAGACGCGAGAGAGCAGGGAGGAAGAGAAGCGAGAGAGCAGGGAGGAAGAGAAGCGAGAGAGCAGGGAGGAAGAGAAGCGAGAGAGCAGGGAGGAAGAGAAGCGAGAGAGCAGGGAGGAAGAGAAGCGAGAGAGCAGGGAGGAGGAGAAGCGAGAGAGCAGGGAGGAAGAGAAGCAAGAGAGCAGGGAGGAAGAGAAGCGAGAGAGCAAGGAGGAAGAGAAGCGAGAGAGCAGGGAGGAAGAGAAGCGAGAGAGCAGGGAGGAAGAGAAGCAAGAGAGCAGGGAGGAAGAGAAGCGAGAGAGCAAGGAGGAAGAGAAGCGAGAGAGCAGGGAGGAAGAGAAGCGAGAGAGCAGGGAGGAAGAGAAGCGAGAGAGCAGGGAGGAAGAGACGCGAGAGAGCAGGGAGGAAGAGAAGCAAGAGAGCAGGGAGGAAGAGACGGGAGAGAGCAGGGAGGAAGAGAAGCGAGAGAGCAGGGAGGAAGAGAAGCGAGAGAGCAGGGAGGAAGAGAAGCGAGAGAGCAGGGAGGAGGAGAAGCGAGAGAGCAGGGAGGAAGAGAAGCAAGAGAGCAGGGAGGAAGAGAAGCGAGAGAGCAAGGAGGAAGAGAAGCGAGAGAGCAGGGAGGAAGAGAAGCGAGAGAGCAGGGAGGAAGAGAAGCGAGAGAGCAGGGAGGAAGAGAAGCGAGAGAGCAGGGAGGAAGAGAAGCGAGAGAGCACAGAGGAAGAGAAGCGAGAGAGCAGGGAGGAAGAGAAGCGAGAGAGCAGGGAGGAAGAGACGCGAGAGAGCAGGGAGGAAGAGAAGCAAGAGAGCAGGGAGGAAGAGACGGGAGAGAGCAGGGAGGAAGAGAAGCGAGAGAGCAGGGAGGAAGAGAAGCGAGAGAGCAGGGAGGAAGAGAAGCGAGAGAGCAGGGAGGAAGAGAAGCGAGAGAGCAGGAAGGAAGAGAAGCGAGAGAGCAGGGAGGAAGAGAAGCGAGAGAGCAGGGAGGAAGAAAAGCGAGAGAGCAGGGAGGAAGAGAAGCGAGAGAGCAGGGAGGAAGAGAAGCGAGAGAGCAGGGAGGAAGAGAAGCGAGAGAGCAGGGAGGAAGAGAAGCGAGAGAGCAGAGCAGGGAGGAAGAGAAGCGAGAGAGCAGGGAGGAAGAGACGCGAGAGAGCAGGGAGGAAGAGAAGCGAGAGAGCAGGGAGGAAGAGAAGCGAGAGAGCAGGGAGGAAGAGAAGCGAGAGAGCAGGGAGGAAGAGAAGCGAGAGAGCAGGGAGGAAGAGAAGCGAGAGAGCAGGGAGGAGGAGAAGCGAGAGAGCAGGGAGGAAGAGAAGCAAGAGAGCAGGGAGGAAGAGAAGCGAGAGAGCAAGGAGGAAGAGAAGCGAGAGAGCAGGGAGGAAGAGAAGCGAGAGAGCAGGGAGGACGAGAAGCGAGAGAGCAGGGAGGAAGAGAAGCGAGAGAGCAGGGAGGAAGAGAAGCGAGAGAGCAGGGAGGAAGAGAAGCGAGAGAGCAGGGAGGAAGAGAAGCGAGAGAGCAGGGAGGAAGAGAAGCGAGGGAGCAGGGAGGAAGAGAAGCGAGAGAGCAGGGAGGAAGAGAAGCGAGAGAGCAGGGAGGAAGAGAAGCGAGAGAGCAGGAAGGAAGAGAAGCGAGAGAGCAGGGAGGAAGAGAAGCGAGAGAGCAGGGAGGAAGAAAAGCGAGAGAGCAGGGAGGAAGAGAAGCGAGAGAGCAGGGAGGAAGAGAAGCGAGAGAGCAGGGAGGAAGAGAAGCGAGAGAGCAGGGAGGAAGAGAAGCGAGAGAGCAGGUAGGAAGAGACGCGAGAGAGCAGGGAGGAAGAGAUGCGAGAGAGCAGGGAGGAAGAGAAGCGAGAGAGCAGGGAGGAAGAGACGCGAGAGAGCAGGGAGGAAGAGAAGCGAGAGAGCAGGGAGGAAGAGAAGCGAGAGAGCAGGGAGGAAGAGAAGCGAGAGAGCAGGGAGGAAGAGAAGCGAGAGAGCAGGGAGGAAGAGAAGCGAGAGAGCAGGGAGGAGGAGAAGCGAGAGAGCAGGGAGGAAGAGAAGCAAGAGAGCAGGGAGGAAGAGAAGCGAGAGAGCAAGGAGGAAGAGAAGCGAGAGAGCAGGGAGGAAGAGAAGCGAGAGAGCAGGGAGGAAGAGAAGCGAGAGAGCAGGGAGGAAGAGAAGCGAGAGAGCAGGGAGGAAGAGAAGCGAGAGAGCACAGAGGAAGAGAAGCGAGAGAGCAGGGAGGAAGAGAAGCGAGAGAGCAGGGAGGAAGAGACGCGAGAGAGCAGGGAGGAAGAGAAGCAAGAGAGCAGGGAGGAAGAGACGGGAGAGAGCAGGGAGGAAGAGAAGCGAGAGAGCAGGGAGGAAGAGAAGCGAGAGAGCAGGGAGGAAGAGAAGCGAGAGAGCAGGGAGGAGGAGAAGCGAGAGAGCAGGGAGGAAGAGAAGCAAGAGAGCAGGGAGGAAGAAAAGCGAGAGAGCAAGGAGGACGAGAAGCGAGAGAGCAGGGAGGAAGAGAAGCGAGAGAGCAGGGAGGAAGAGAAGCGAGAGAGCAGGGAGGAAGAGAAGCGAGAGAGCAGGGAGGAAGAGAAGCGAGAGAGCACAGAGGAAGAGAAGCGAGAGAGCAGGGAGGAAGAGAAGCGAGAGAGCAGGGAGGAAGAGACGCGAGAGAGCAGGGAGGAAGAGAAGCAAGAGAGCAGGGAGGAAGAGACGGGAGAGAGCAAGGAGGAAGAGAAGCGAGAGAGCAGGGAGGAAGAGAAGCGAGAGAGCAGGGAGGAAGAGAAGCGAGAGAGCAGGGAGGAAGAGAAGCGAGAGAGCAGGAAGGAAGAGAAGCGAGAGAGCAGGGAGGAAGAGAAGCGAGAGAGCAGGGAGGAAGAAAAGCGAGAGAGCAGGGAGGAAGAGAAGCGAGAGAGCAGGGAGGAAGAGAAGCGAGAGAGCAGGGAGGAAGAGAAGCGAGAGAGCAGGGAGGAAGAGAAGCGAGAGAGCAGGUAGGAAGAGACGCGAGAGAGCAGGGAGGAAGAGAUGCGAGAGAGCAGGGAGGAAGAGAAGCGAGAGAGCAGGGAGGAAGAGACGCGAGAGAGCAGGGAGGAAGAGAAGCGAGAGAGCAGGGAGGAAGAGAAGCGAGAGAGCAGGGAGGAAGAGAAGCGAGAGAGCAGGGAGGAAGAGAAGCGAGAGAGCAGGGAGGAAGAGAAGCGAGAGAGCAGGGAGGAGGAGAAGCGAGAGAGCAGGGAGGAAGAGAAGCAAGAGAGCAGGGAGGAAGAGAAGCGAGAGAGCAAGGAGGAAGAGAAGCGAGAGAGCAGGGAGGAAGAGAAGCGAGAGAGCAGGGAGGAAGAGAAGCGAGAGAGCAGGGAGGAAGAGAAGCGAGAGAGCAGGGAGGAAGAGAAGCGAGAGAGCACAGAGGAAGAGAAGCGAGAGAGCAGGGAGGAAGAGAAGCGAGAGAGCAGGGAGGAAGAGACGCGAGAGAGCAGGGAGGAAGAGAAGCAAGAGAGCAGGGAGGAAGAGACGGGAGAGAGCAGGGAGGAAGAGAAGCGAGAGAGCAGGGAGGAAGAGAAGCGAGAGAGCAGGGAGGAAGAGAAGCGAGAGAGCAGGGAGGAAGAGAAGCAAAAGAGUAGGGAGGAAGAGAAGCGAGAGAGCAGGGAGGAAGAGAGCGAGAGAGCAGGGAGGAAGAGAAUCGAGAGAGCAGGGAGGAAGAGAAGCGAGAGAGCAGGGAGGAAGAGAAGCGAGAGAGCAGGGAGGAAGAGAAGCGAGAGAGCAGGGAGGAAGAGAAGCGAGAGAGCACAGAGGAAGAGAAGCGAGAGAGCAGGGAGGAAGAGAAGCGAGAGAGCAGGGAGGAAGAGACGCGAGAGAGCAGGGAGGAAGAGAAGCAAGAGAGCAGGGAGGAAGAGAAGCGAGAGAGCAGGGAGGAAGAGAAGCGAGAGAGCAGGGAGGAAGAGAAGCGAGAGAGCAGGGAGGAAGAGAAGCGAGAGAGCAGGGAGGAAGAGAAGCGAGAGAGCAGGGAGGAAGAGAAGCGAGAGAGCAGGGAGGAAGAGAAGCGAGAGAGCAGGGAGGAAGAGAAGCGUGAGAGCAGGGAGGAAGAGAGGCGAG